UUCAUCAAUAAAUUCAGAGAGGAGAGGAGCAAGGCUUUCCAAAAGUCAGUCAUCGUUACGACUUACAAGAUCGUGGAAGAAAAUGAACUACCUUUGCUACUAGAAAAUGGUCAGGCAUCUCGAGGGGCCGAAGCGGGCUCUGUAUGUAAUUUGUGCAUACAAUAUAAAGCGUAAAGGACGAGCGUGAAUAGUGCGGGGAGAGAGUGAGAGAGAAAAGGAGGGAGAGAAAGAGAGAAAAGGAGGGAGAGAAAGAGAGAAUGGGCGGGGAGUACGCGCACAGAGAUGUUACCAAUUGCAACACCUACAACUACGGGGAUGCCCUCUACUGGGACGGGCGCUACCUCCAGGAGGUCAGGCCCUACGACUGGUACCAGCGAUACUCUGCCCUUCAGCCCUUCGUAAACAAGCACAUCCCCAAGGCCUCUCGCCUCCUCAUGCUCGGCUGCGGCACCGCUGUCAUGUCAGAAGAUAUGAUAAAGGACGGGUACGAGUACAUAAUGAAUAUUGACAUCUCGUCUGUUGCAAUUUACAUGAUGAAAAAGAAGAAUGAGCGGGUAACUCAGCUGGAAUAUAUGGAAAUGGAUGUCACGGACAUGAGUUUCUUUUCUGAUGAAUCAUUUGAUAGUGCUAUUGAUAAAGGAACACUCGAUUCUUUGAUGUGUGGCUACAAUGCUCCUACUAAUGCGGCCAGCAUGCUGGGGGAAGUAAGCAGGCUUCUUAAGCCUGGAGGCGUCUAUAUGUUGAUAACUUAUGGUGAUCCAACAGUCAGAAUGCCUCAUUUGAACCGGCCACAGUACAAUUGGAAGAUCACACUGUACAUUAUAUCUCGACCUGGAUUUGAGAUUCCUUCAACCAGCUCCCCUAAUUCAAUCUUGGAACCUAUCCCACUAACGGAGGAUGGUUUGCUUCCACCAGGUUUCACGCUAGAAGAUCCUGAAUCUCACUACAUUUAUGUAUGUGAGAAGGGACAAGCGGCCUCUUUACCUACUGAUUCAUAAUUUCUUGCAGCAACUGAUGCUUUACUGAUCCCAAACUGCGAAAAGAAAUGUUGUAGAAAUAGAAUAGCAUCCUGAAACUAUCUUCAUUCUUGAAUAUUGAGCUUGUUGUAUAACAAUCAUUGAUCGUUACUGAGAUGGGGUUGUAGAGUUGGAGCUAA